CUGUUCCUGUUCGUUGAAGCUCCCUCUCUUUCAACUCAUCUGCCUGGUUAUCUACCCAUCUGACUGUAAGCUUAAAUGUUUUUGAAAAUGAAACGGCAUCUUGCUAUUUUUGUGCAUCUCCAUUUGGGUCCUCUGCCUGCGGGGCUAACAGUUAUUCUGAUGGACACACCAAGACACACAUGGACUGUAGUGGAGAAAAACAGAAGGUUGGAAAAUUCUAAGGAGCCAUGAAGAGAAUAAAAGCCUAAUUUAUGGUACUGUGUAGAGCCAAGGUACCACGUUUCUUGGGGCCCAACGUGUACCCAGAGGCCCCUGAUGGAGGCUGGGGAUGGAUGGUGGCUGUGGCCUUCUUCUUGGUGGAGGUUUUCACGUAUGGCACCAUCAAGAGCUUCGGCAUCUUUCUCCAGGACCUGAUGGGGGAGUUUGGAGAGACCAACAGUCGUGUCUCCUGGAUUGUUUCCAUCUGCGUCUUUGUCAUGACCUUCAACGGUCCUCUCUCCGCUGUGAUGACUAACCGCUUUGGCUUCCAACCUGUUGUCAUGAUUGGUGGAUUGCUCAUUUCCUCGGGUACCAUCGCCACCAGCUUUACCAGCUCCGUCAACCAAAUGUAUAUCACCUAUGGAUUAGUUGCAGGUCUGGGCUACUGUCUGACCUUCUUGCCCACUGUGACCAUCUUGUCCCAGUACUUCUCACGCCGACGGUCUCUGGUCACAGCCAUAGCUUCCACGGGAGAGUCCCUGUCCAUGUUUGCCCUGGCGCCAGCCUUUUCUGCACUGAGGGACCGUAUUGGCUGGCGACGUACCAUGGCAUUGAUAGGAGCUUUGCAAAGCACCAUCAUCAUCUGUGGGGUUCUGCUUCGGCCAAUCAUUCUCAAACCCAGAUCAUCCCCAAAGGAGUUGGAAGUACUCGGUGCACAGGAGAAGGCAGAGGGUACGAACUCAGAGGACUCUGUAACAAACAGGACCUCACACGCGCCAGAUGCUUCAUACAGCCUGGACAAUGAGCUAACCAGAGGCUCUAUGAGCACCGGAGACUCUGGUGUCCAGUCUCUAUACGGCGCAGAAAACGGCAGCGCAGAGGAAACGACUUUACAGCAGAUAUUUGCGGGAAACGGUGAGGCAGAAAAUAAAGAACCUGCAACUGAGGAGGAGAAACGAGAAAGGGAAAACAAGGAAAAUAAAUCCGGUGGUGAAAGGUUAUCUGCAAAGAUUUCAAAGCUUCUCGAUUUCUCCAUCCUCAGAGAGUGCAACUUCAUUUUAUAUUGUCUGUUUGGGCUGUUCGCCACACUCGGCUUCUUCGCCCCUCAACUCUACAUCAUCGAGCUGAGUGUGAGUCGAGGUGUGGAGCGGGACCGCGCCACCUACAUGCUCUCCACCAUGGCCGUGGCUGAAAUCUUUGGCCGAUUCUCCAUCGGGGGGAUCCUGACGCGUAGGCAGUUCAGGAAGAAGAAGCUCCUUGUUCUUCUGGUGUGUGUAAUCAUGAUGACUGUGGAUCUGGUGGGAUUCACGUUGGUUACGGAAUUCUAUGGCCUGGCUGUGUGCUGCGCUUUUUAUGGCUUCUUUAUGGGGACACUAGCGUGCACCCAUAUCCCCAUACUGGCUGAGGACGAUGUGGUAGGCAUAGAGAGGAUGUCUUCGGCUGCUGGUGUCUAUGUGUUCAUACAAAGCUUUGCUGGGCUGGCUGGACCCCCACUCGGAGGUGUGCUGGUGGAUGUGACGAAAAACUACGGCUCCGCCUUCUACUCCUGUACAGUCGGCAUGGCACUGAGUGCUGUGUUCCUUGGUUUGGUAAAACCUGCCAAGCGAGGAUUACUCUGUAGGAAGAGGAACUCGAAACACCCUGAAGACACAGAGGUACGGAGAGUGGACUCAGAGGAACAGAGUGGAGCCGGCAGCCCUAACGACAGCCCUGACGCAGAAGUCAACUCUGACCACGAGGGGGCCACGGGAGACAUCCAGGAGGUUAUACGCUUUGCUUCAGCUGCUAACUGCAGAUAUGGAUAGCAAAAGGGUCAAGCCAUACAGGUGUAAAAGGCUUUCCAAAGACUACUGCUGCCAGAGUGCUGAAGUGACAAAGACAAAUGAAGAAGACCAAUGUUGAAUAUAUGCCGCUGUAGAUCUGGUUUCUGAGCACAAUCUUGAGAACCUUUAGAUUACUAUAAGAAGUAGUAAUCAUGCUUUACACACUGAACAGUGUUUUUUUUGUUUUUUUUACCAGAGUCAAGACUUAAAGUUAGAAUGAGUGACUUUUAAAUUGGCUGUAAGUAAGUAAGCUUUUGAUAUCGUACUGUUUUAUUGAAGUAGUGAGAAAUAUUGCUGCUAGGUGUGAACCUGUUCCAAAUGGACCAUGAGUGGUGCAUUGUGCUGCUGGAGGCGCCAUUACCACUUUCAACUAGUUACCUGACGGUGAUCGAUACCGUAAAACGGUGAAGCAAAUGUACUGUAGCUGCAAGAACAAUAAAUUGCACAGAUUCACACAGAAUCUGUUUUAGAAAUGCAUAAAUCUCAGGAGUAUGUGAUUUAAAAGUUAAUUUUUUUAAUCAAACUGUCAACAUGCUAACAAUACACUUUCAUGUUCAAUGGCAAUAAUGAAAGUGAUUUGAACCUGUGAAUUGUGUGCAAUGUAAUGUGUUCUUUAUGAAAUGCUAUUGUAUGUCAUAUUUUCACUGCAAAAUAUGAUAUAAAAAAAGAUCUGUUACACUACAAUAAGCUUUUAUAGUUGCUAUCAUUCAAAUGCAUCAACCUUUAACAGCUCAAACAGAAAGCUUAGAGGCGAAUAAAUAUUUAAUGAGUAGAUGUGAAGUGUCCCAACCCAGUUCACCCCAUAUUCGUGAUAUAUUAUCUUUAAUAUACAUAUAGUAUACUUAGUUUACAUGAAGAAAAAAAAACCCAACAUGACUGAACCCCUUUUUGUGAUUGGGUCUGAAACCAGAAAACAUUUUUUUAUACUUGAUGGUCUUAAUAUGAAGCGUCUCUACUUCCACAUGUGGUUUAUUACUAUGGUUAGCCAAUAAAUGUCAAGUUUAAAAAAACAUAAGAUUCUGUUUCAUACCAAAGAGCAGCAGAACUCUUAAAGAGAAAAGUGUUGCAAGAUAUCCAUAAAAGCUGGCUACAUGUAUUUUGAUGUCCCAUUCUUCUCAAUUAUUUCCAGCUCCUAUGUUCAUUCAUUGAAACGUGCUUAGGUCAUCUUUUUUCCAGUAUGUCUAGGCAACUGUGGAGCCAAAGUUUAGAUGCAUGAAAGGCUUCAGUCGGUUUUGGAAUGUAAAGUGCGGACUGAGGGGCAGAGGCCUCAUCUGGUCUGGAUGCCGGUUUCUGAUCCUCCUCCAUCCAGUGCAGUAAAGCCUAAUGAACGCAGAUAAACAUUCAUUCAAUUUGAAAAAAUAAAUAAAAAUCCAAGUGAAUCUGAA